AUGGAGAAGGUGGAUUGUAAAUUGAUGAUGAAUGUGUGUUGCGGUAUUGAACGGAACAAGGGCGGAGUGAAUCACGGAUUAGUGAUUGUGGAUGGUAAUAGUGAGGCGACGGGAAGAAGGCAGUGGUCUUGUUACGGUGAGAAUGGUUGGGAACGGUGGAAUGGGUUUGUGAUGAAAGGUGAACAGAGGCAGAGGGAAUUGGACAGGAUUGGAGGAAGUGGUGUUGCGCGUGACAGAGGCGAUGAUGAUGGAUACCGUGACGGAGAAGGGCAUUGUUAUAGUGAGUUACUGUUGGAAACCGCGGAAUGGAUGGAAGUUAGGGGCGUGGAGCAUGGGAAGUUGGAGAGAGGGAGUAUUGGUUUUGGUAACAGAAAUUGGGACGGACAGCAGGAAGCGGAAGGAGAUGUUUGGGUGAAGGUGUUUGUGGAUUUGGGGAUGGGUUUGGAGUGGAGUGAAGCGGUUGUGUGUUGUAGAGACGCCAUUGUUGGCGUGGGUAGAGGAAGAAGGGUGAGAUAA